UCUCCAACCGAUUCCGACUCCGAACCAGACUAUGCUUUCACAAUCGCAAAUCUCUCUGGAACACCCACAUCACCAAAGUGCCACGUAAACAUUGCAGGGCACAGCGUAUCCGUCAUGAUAGACUCUGGCGCUUCUGUCAAUAUCCUCGAUGACGCCACCUUUAACAAAAUUACCCGCAACAAAGGAAUCAGCCUUGAACAAACAAACCACAAAAUUUAUUCCUAUGGAUCACUACGUCCACUACCACUAAAAGGAGUUAUCAAAACCAACAUUUCCACUGAUUCUAAGCACCUUUCUGCCCAAUUCCAUGUAGUUCACGGGAACUCUGGAAAUCUGCUAAGCUACACCACCGCCUGCCAACUCAACUUGCUCAAAGUUACGAUCAACAGCACUACCAAUCACAUACCAUCAACUAAUCAGUAUCCCCCAGAGUUCGAAUGCCUCUUCUCUGGCAUUGGAAAGCUAACUGGUAAAACUGGUAAACUGCACAUUGAUCCUGAUGUUUCCCCCAAACAACAACCCCACCGUCGAAUCCCAUUCCACGUUCGAUCUGAUGUCGAGAAAGAGCUCAAACGGCUUGAAGAGUUAGAUAUCAUCGAAAAGGUUGAUGGACCAACACCAUGGAUCAGUCCCAUUGUGGUCGUCCCGAAAAAGUCUGGCGAAGUCCGAAUAUCUAUUGAUAUGCGUGAGGCCAACCAAGCGGUCAAACGAGAAAAACAUUUGAUGCCCACAAUCGAUGACCUGGUAGCUGAUUUAAAUGGUGCAGCCGUGUUUACAACUUUAGAUCUAUCCUCUGGCUACCAUCAACUUGAACUUGCAGAAGAAAGCCGGCACAUCACCACGUUCAGCACACACCUCGGCCUUCGAAGGUACAAACGACUUCUGUUCGGCAUCAAUGCCGCCUCUGAGAUCUUCCAAAACACCAUUGAAGAGCUGCUGACUGGCCUACCAGGCUGUAAGAACAUAUCCGAUGAUAUAAUCGUUUUUGGCAAAGAUCAAGCCACUCAUGAUGCCAACCUCCGUCAAGUCCUUGAAAGGCUAAAGUCCCACAACCUUCGCUUAAACAAAGAGAAGUGCCACUUUUCGAAAUCGGAAGCAAUGUUCUAUGGUCACAUUUUCAGCGCGGAAGGACUACGCCCCGACCACAAGAAGGUUGAAGCUAUCCAGAAUGCCACACCUCCGCGGAGUUCAAGUGAAGUCAAAUCUCUCCUCGGAAUGGCCCA